UUGAAGAGGCGGGAAUUUCCUGUUACGAUUUGUACACAUGUUAAAUGGAAACGAUGUGGGAUGUACAGCAAGUUCGUCUGUACCACCUGACUGCAUCAUAAUAUGUGACAGGGCGUUGGUAAAGUCUCUGUAGAGACGAAAGGUGGACUCAUCUGUUUGCAGUGUUAUUGUCCACUUGAGGCACUAUGAGUCUGGUUCUUUCUGAUCUCUUGGUGUGCUGCAGGGGACUGGAGAAUGACAAGGCUACAGAGAGGAAGAAACAAGCGGAACGCUUCAGACAGCUCAUUCGAUCUCCAGAGAUUGUGCAAGAACUUGAUCGGACCUCGGGGCUUAAAACCAAAGGCUCCAAACAGCUCACAUGGGAUGCUGUUUUCAGAUUUUUGCAACGUUACCUCCAACGGGAGACCGAAGCCAUGAAACUGAGUAAAUCCAACGUCACCAGCACAACGCUGGCCAUCCGCCAGAAGAAGAUGGCUGAAAUGAGCAGUUUGAUCAAAUUUUUUGUCGGCUACGCAAACAAACGUGGGCCGCGGCUAAAGUGCAGUGAGCUUCUUAAGCAUGUGAUUGAGGUUCUUCAAAAUCCAUAUAGCUGCUCAGCCUAUGGCAAAGACUACAGCAGCCUGCUCCUAAAGGAAAUCCUGUCUGUUCGCAAGUACUGGUGUGACAUCACUCCACAGCAGUGGCACAGUCUUUUGGAUGUGUACAGUGGCUUUUUCAUCUCCCCAUCCAAAUGCAUCAACCGCAUUCUUGUAAGUCGGGUCAUCAACACAGUGGUGCAGGGCAUGUGCGUGCAGACUGAUGGAUUCAACAGAGACCUGUUUGGCUUCUUCUCCAAAGCAUUUCUCAAUGCAAGGCAGGAGAAGCACUUGACUGUUCUGGAGCAUGUCAUCUCAGCGCUUAACACCUUCUUGAAAACUGUAGCAAAGAACUGUCGGAUGAGGGUGUGUCAACUCGGUGAGGAAAUACUACCAUCAAUACUGUAUGUCUGGACCAACAUGAGGCCCAGUGCUGCUCUCAAAGAGGGGAUUGUGGAGUUCUUCAACUUGCAGCUCUGCGUACACCAUCCCGAAGGAGCAAAGACCCAGGACACAGGUGGGCAUGCCGAAGACUGGGCCAAGUGGCGGGAUUUGAUGUAUAACCUCUACGAAGCAUUAGUGAGAGAAAUCAGUCAUAUUGGUAGCAGAGGAAAGUAUGUCACUGGCAUGAGACGCAUCGACGUCAAAGACAACAUCAUCAAGCUCACAGCUGAUAUUUGUCACCAGCUUUUCAGUAUUGACAAAGACUCUCAAAUCUCAGAGGCGACGUAUGCCUCUUCCCUGAUGGCUAGUUCCUUCUGUGGAACACCAAGCAAGAAACGGCGAAUCGACCUCAGUUGGAAUGUUCUUUUGGACCGCCUUCAACCUCAGUGUAGCGACUUUGAUAUCAUCCCGUGGUUGCAGGUCACGGAAGCACUCGUAUCAAAGUACCCAUCUAUGGUGCCCGGCCGAGUGAUUGUCCCACUGUUAUCAGUGUUGCACCAAGUCUUGGCCGAACAGCGGAGAGGAGAAAGGGGGCCAUACGUGCUGCGUUGUUUACGAGAAGUAGCCCGGUGUCAAGCCCAUUUGCCAGAAAGGAUGAGAGUUUACAAGACAGAGUUGGACAGACUAUGGAGUCGGGUGUGGCCUCUGUCACUGCGGGGUGUGGGCUCACCCCAGUUAGAAGCGCUCAGCCUUGACCUGCUGGUCUCCAUUGUCCACGGUGGACUGGUCAAUAUGGAUAGAGAGUUCUGGAAACUCUUUUCAGAAUCAGCAUGUAAACCAUCCCAAAGCGCAGUGAUUUGUUUGGCCCAGGCUCUUCUGAAGUGUCCAGUCCCUAAGAAGCAUCUGGGACUCCCAGAUGGAUCAGGGUCAGUUAACCUGAAGGAAACGCUAAUAGGCUGGUUGUUGAUGACCGAUCAGAGCGAUGAAAUGGAGGAUAGCUCCAGACCUCAUCCAAUCAUUUGCAGCGAUUUUCCUCACAAUCUAAUCGCAAACAUCCUGGUCUCCUUGACUUUAAAAGAUACCCGCACUGGCCUGAAUUUUCUUCUCGGUUCUGAGGGUGUGGAGAGUGAUGUUUCAAAUGAGUUGACGUCGCUGAAUGUCGAUGAGGAUUUAGACGAGGUUGAGAGAUUGUACUUGCAGUUCAGCUUCAACACGCAGUCGGCACAAAGCAGAACAUCUGACAAGGAGUUCAAGGUGACGUCAACAAAUGGGCACUUCACGGUCAUCUCCAGUCUCAGAAAGAAGUUGGAGCAGUCUCUUCUUUGUGUCGCUGACAACCUUCUAAACCGAUACUUUCCUGACACUCAGUCUACCCCUCCAGAGUGCCUGUUGCGCUGUUUGAGCUUGCUCACAAGUGUUCAAGCGGGUUACAUCUCGACAGGCUGUCUGACUGAGGAUGAGGCAGGAUGCUCCCAGCUAUUCACUAAAGCUAAAACCCUGGCGCAGGAGUUCAGUGGAUUUGUUUCAAGCGUAAAAGUGAAGAUCAGUGAGGCGUUAACCAUGACCACACUGAAGUCUGUCAUGAGGCUGUGCACCAUUUCUGCCACAACAAAAAGCAAGGAACAUGUUUGCACAAUCUCCUCUCGUCUCUUCAUAAUGACUCUCCCAGCGAGCCUUGUCAAUGAGCUGGCAGAAAUUUAUAAAAUCAUGCUUAGCAGUGUUUCUCCCAGAGCUGCAUUGAUGGAUGAAGAUGAACCUACGGAUAAUGACUUGGAAAUGACUAAAGCUCAGCAUGAAGACGAUGAUCCUCUAUUUGAUGAUGAGCAGUCCCACAGUGGGACACAGAGACCCAGGGGACGAGACGACAAUGAAGUCUCAGGUGGACCAGGGGCAAAAAGCCUGUUGGCUGACGAGCAUUUGGCCCACCAGGAUCUUGCUCUCCUCGAAAUCUUGGAGUUCUUGUCUAAGUGCGGUUCAGUCCAGCCCGUCCAUGGCCAACUUUUUAAACCCCAAGAUGUGCGACGGAGGCUCUUGCUGCUGAUGGAGCAGAUUGACCCUAGCAUAGCCCUCCAUGUCAACAUGUAUCUCAUCCUGUUAAAGAAGCUUCCUGCUGAGGACUCUCUCACUCCUGAAGAGUUUGACUCCCUGCUCCGUCCUAUGGCGGACCUGUGUUCUCGGCAUCGUCAGGAUCAAGAGAUGUGUGUUGGACUUCUUUUGGCUUUAUUGCCCUCCAUCAGGAGCUUGGGGAGAACCCACAACAUGCAAUUGGAGAUGAAACAUGUGCAGGGGUCCCUGCUACAAGUGGUGUCAGGGUUCUGUUAUCUGAGCCAAACGGGGAAAUGCACGGCCACUGUCCGAACUGCUUUAGUGCGAUGUCUGAUUACGUUAUUAGAGGCUGACCCAUGUUGCAGGUGGGCCAUAUUGAGCAUCAGGGAGCCUGAAAGAGAGGAAGACCGUCCAGUGUCCGUCAUCCUUCCAUCUCUCCUUGCAGAUUCCCAUCACCAGGUCCGCAUGGUUGUGGCAAUGUCAUUGGAAAGGUUGUUUCUGGACAUGAGACCAGAACACAGAGACAGGAGAAAGAUGUUGUCGCACCAACAAGCAGCUUUUGAGAAUAUAUACCUGAAAGCUCAAGAGGGCAUGAGACCUGUGAAAAGCAACUCAGCCGAUGACGAGCAGGAUGAGAUUUUCAACCGUAAGGCCACCUUGCUGAAAAGUUUGUCAGUCGUGCUGUGUUGCAGUCCAGUCUGUGAGAAGCAGACCCUGUUUGCCCUCUUCCAGUCAUACAAGGAAAAUAAUAUAGAGGAGCACCUCAUUAAGAAGAUGUUGUGUAGUGUAUCCAGAGCACUCGGUUACAACAAGAUCAAGACUUUUGUCAGCUCUCACCUGUACUAUUUGGUCGCCGAGUGGCUCUCCCAGAGACAGUCUGACGACAGCUACACGCUUGAAUCAUUCCCUUUCACGCUACUUGACCAUGGCACGCUCAAAGAUUUCUAUAGCUCUUCUUACCAGGUGCUCAUCCCGCACCUUGUCUUCCUGGAUGACUUCGACCAGGUGAAGUCCAUUGGUUUGUAUCUCGAGAGGGACUGGAGAGAGCUUUUAGCUGACUGUUUCCCCAACAUCAUGGUCAACAUUCUGCCAUACUUUGCGCUGUCUGGCCCGGAGAAACGGGUAGCACAGCAGAGGGAGAAGGCCCAUCGUGUGUAUGACCUACUCAAAGACGCAAACUGUUUGGGCAAACAGCAAAUUGACAGCCUGAUCCACAGCAACCUACCAGAGAUUGUUGUUGAACUGCUAAUGACCCUCUAUGAAGGGGGUGCCGCUGAAGCAGACAGAGGAGACUUGAAACGCUUUAUAGGGGAAUUGGAUCCCGUCCCAAACCCACCAUACUUCAGCUCUCAUGUCAUCAAAUCUACACUGGACUAUCUCAGUAAAUGCCAUAGCGCAAACCAUAAGUCUCUGGUGACCAUUCUGUCAAAAACUCCAAUAUCUAUACAGAGCACUCUGCUGGCGGUGUGUGAAAAGGCAGCAAUGACAACAAACGGUUACGAACGGCAUCGCAUCCUCCUGAUGUAUCACCUCUUUGUCAACCUACUGCUCAAGGAGGUGAAAGAUGGUCUUGGAGGAGCCUGGGCUUUUGUCCUCAGGGACAUCAUCUACACACUCAUCCACCAUAUCAACAGCUGGCUGGUGCAUGCAGAUACACACAGACCAGUUCCGUGUGAUGAGGUCUCCAUUCGAAGCUUGUCCCUGUGCUGUGACCUCUUGACUGUGGUGUGUCAGACUGCUCUGCAGUUCUGUGAUGAUGCUCUAGACUGCCACCUAAAGGUCAUUGUUGGUACUCUCACUGCACAGGUGACCAGCCAGCCAGCUAUCUCACAGCAGGUGCUUGGUCUAUUGCACUUUCUUAUAAUUAAAAAUCAACACAAAUUGAAGGGAGCCAUUUGCAAAUUGGAGCCAUUUCCUGACCUACCUAAAUUCCAAGAGCUGCGUUCUGUCCAGAACAAUCUCAAAUACAAUUCUGGGACCUUCACAUUGAGACAGGAGAUAUCACACUUCCUGUCUGUGAUGCCUUCUGACUCAUUACCCCUGACAAGACUUGAGGGAAUUGAGCAACUUUCCCAAAAACUACAUGACAACAAAGAUGAGAUAAAACAGUUACUCAAAGAGUGCCAUGUGGAGCCCACCAACAGUAUCCUAGUAAAAUUGGUUCUGAACCUGCUGCAGCUCUGUAAGACGGCAACCAACCACCCUGAUGGAGCUGAUAUUCUAGAGGCCGCAGGAAGUAUUUUGGGAGAACUGGGCCCUGUAGAUCUCUCCACCAUCGUCUUGCUCCACGGCAGAGAUCCGCUUUAUGAAAAGGCUGUGAGCCUCUUCCCGUCCACUGCCUCGCAGUGUGUUUACAUCAUCCUUAACUGCAUCAAUGACUCUCUCACACACCAAUGUAUUGAUGUGAGGCAAGCAGCGACUCAAUCUGUGAAGGACAUCCUUGCCACUCAGUCUGGUAUCACCUUUUGGGAGCAGCACAAACAAAGUAGAGACUCUAUGUUGGCAUACUUAAAUCCAUUUCGAAAAGCCAACAGGAAGGCGGCUGUUGUGAGAGCUGAGGAACGUUCGCAGGGCAGGGAGAAGCUAGAGAACCAAGACUUUUGGAUCCCACAGAUGGGAAGCCACACAGUCUGGCUGAAGUCUCUAUGUACCGCCCUGCUAGACAGCGGAGGAGUCAAGAGCGAGGCUCUCCUACUGUCCCGACCUCUUUGUCUGGUGAACUUGGACUGUUGCCAGAGGCUGCUUCCGCUCAUCAUUCAUUCUAUCCUCCUGGAUGACAAUCAGGGCUCCUGGAGAGAGAUGCUUUCUUCCCAUAUCCAGGACUUCUUCAGUUUUUGUUCCAGAAGUGCUCAGGCUGCGAGCCGCUCCACCACACCACUCAACGUUGACUCUGAGACUGACUCCGCCAGCCAAGGCUUGUACGACAAGGCAUCUCUCCGUACCAUGCUGGCAGUUAUUGACUAUCUGAGACACCAGCAGAGACCCUUGAGCGAGUCAUGUGGCACAGUGUGUGAUUCCAAUUUCUGGCUGGACCUGAACUACCUGGAGGUGGCCAAAUCUGCACAGUCAUGCUCUGCUCACUUCACUGCUCUGCUCUACACUGAGAUAUAUGUGGAUAAGAUUAAAGCUAAUUUGGAGGACAGUAGCAGAACUAAAGGAAGAGCAACACGCAAAAUCAGCUUUGAAGAGAACAGCCAAAACGUCACCAUCGCCAGCCUGACUGAGAAAAGUAUGAAGGACUCCAAUAUCAGCUUGCAGGAGCUGCUAAUCGAUGUCUACCGUAGCAUCGGAGAGCCUGACAGUCUUUAUGGCUGUGGAGGAGAAACGAUGACCAGUCCACUAACAAGGAUUCGAACAUACGAGCAUGAAGCUAUGUGGGGGAAAGCUCUGACCUCAUAUGACCUUCACUCAACCCUGCCAGAUGUCACUCGACAAGUGGGAAUUGUUGAGGGUCUGCAGAACUUUGGUCUGAGUAGCAUACUUACCACCUACAUGAGGGGUCUGGAGAGUGAAGGGGUUGAGUGGGGAGCUGAACUGAGAGAGCUCCGUUUCCAGGUUGCCUGGAGGAACACCCAGUGGGACUGUGAUCUGUCUGAGAGUGGUGACAAACACAAGCCAGGAUUCCACGAAUCUGUGUUCUCUGCUUUGCAAGCUUUGAGGGACAAGGAGUUCUCCAUGUUUGAUGAUACGCUCAAACGGGCAAAGGGUAGAGAAGUAGAGGAGCUCUGCAGAGGCAGUCUGGAGGCAGUGUCGUCACUGUACCCGACCCUCAGGAACCUGCAGAGCAUCAGAGAGCUGGAGAGCAUCAAACUGCUGUUCUCAAGACCAUUCUCAGAGCUGGCUGUGAAGAAUGUGUGUAACCAGUGGCGGCAGCAUUCCCAGCUGCUAGCCAACAGUGAGUUUGCUUUGGUGGAGCCCAUCUUGGCCAUUCGGUCUGUGUCCUACAACACUCUGAUGUCCAAGGCGCUGGACCCCGGCAUUGCUCAGUAUCUCAGCUCGGUACUUACCGACCACUUACUGGAGAUGUGCCAGCUGGCUCGUAAAGCAGGGAACACGCAGUUGGCAGAGCGAGCAGUGUUUCAGAUGAAGCGGCAUGGAGUUGAAGGACACCGACCAGCAUCACCCGUAUCACUGUGGCAACUGGAGGAAGCGCAAGUGUUCUGGGUGAAGGGAGAACAGGGUCUGGCUCUUGGGCUCCUGAGACAGCUGGUACAGAAGCUUGAGGAAAAGAUUGACUUCAAUCCUGCUCUGGCACCUAUCUACACUGAGUGCCUCAGGCUCUGUGGUAACUGGCUGGCUGAAACGUGCCAGGAAAGUCCUGGAGUCAUUUUGGAAAAGUACUUAGAGAGGGCUGUUGAGGUAAUUGAGCGCGAGUCUGGAGUGCUGGACGCCCGGCUUCAGAAUGAGCGAAUGGAGGCCUUCCUGUCGCUGGCUCGUUUUUCAGACGCCCAGUACCAGAGCAUUGAUAAAUACAUGACUUCAUCUGAGUUUGAGAAUAAGCAAGCCUUGCUGGAGAAGGCUAAACAAGAAGUGGAUCUCAUGAAAGAGCGUAACGUCAUAAAAAACAGGUAUACAGUAAAGGUUGAAAGAGAGCUGGAGCUGGAUGAGAGGGCCCUUCACGACCUGCAGACAGACAGACAGCUCUACCUGUGUAAGGCAGUAGAGAACUACAUACAAUGUCUGGAGCAAGGGGAGGAGCAUGACACCUGGGUGUUCCGCUUGGCAUCUCUCUGGCUGGAAAAUGCUGACAUUAUGCCAGUCAAUGACAUGAUGAAGAAAGGAGUGAAGACUAUCCCCUCCUACAAGUUUUUACCCCUUAUGUAUCAGCUUGCUGCCCGUAUGGGAACCAAGAUGGCGUCCGGCAUAGGGGACGAUGUGGGCUUCCAUGACAUCCUUAGUGACUUGAUCUUCCGCUCCUGUCUUGAGCAUCCACAUCAUACACUGUUCAUCAUCUUUGCCCUGGUCAACGCCAACAAAGAUGAACAAUUUUGUACUCGUCGGCUAACUAAGAGUGCUCCACAUCAGUCAUCGCCAUUUGAUAUGGAGCGUUCAGAUAUGGCCCGGAAGAUCACCGAUGCCAUCAGGAAAAAGAGAGGCAAGAUGAUCCGAGAUAUCGAGCGGCUAUGUGAUGCUUAUAUCACACUUGCUUAUUUGGAUGCCAGCAGGCACAAGACAGAGAAGAAGGCAAUUCCCAUUCCUGCAGAUCAGCCCAUUCAUCAAAUCAAAGACCUGGAUGACGUUGCUAUUCCCACUGUUGAGAUCAAGGUUGAUCCUUCGGGUUGCUAUGAUGACGUGGUGACUGUCCGUUCGUUCAUCCCUCAUUAUCACCUGGCUGGAGGAGCCAACCUGCCCAAGAUCAUAGACUGUGUCGGCUCUGAUGGCAAGCGCAGAAGGCAGUUGGUAAAGGGUAAAGACGACCUGCGGCAAGAUGCGGUGAUGCAGCAGGUGUUUGCCAUGUGCUCCAUGUUGCUGCAGCGAAACACCGAUACUCGCAAGAGGAAGCUCAACAUCAGAAGAUAUAAGGUGGUGCCGUUCUCUCAGUGCAGCGGGGUUCUGGAAUGGUGCUCCGGUACGGUUCCCCUUGGAGAGUUCCUGGCGAACCCCAUCAAAGGGGCCCACAAGCGAUACCGACCACAGGACGCGUCCAACCUAGCCUGCCGCAAGAAGAUGAUGGAAGCACAGCCACAUGGGUUUGACGAGAAGCUGUGUGCUUACAUGGAGGUGUGCAAAAACUUCAAGCCUGUUUUCAGAUAUUUCUGCAUGGAACGCUUCGUGGACCCCGCAGUGUGGAUGGAAAAGCGGCUGGCCUACACCCGCAGUGUGGCCACUUCCUCCAUUGUCGGCUACAUCGUUGGCCUCGGUGACCGACACAUUCAGAACAUCCUGAUUGAUGAGCAGACCGCUGAGCUGGUGCACAUUGACUUAGGUGUGGCAUUUGAGCAAGGCAAGAUUCUGCCCACUCCAGAGACCGUCCCCUUCAGGCUCUCCAGGGACAUUGUGGAUGGAAUGGGCAUCACUGGAGUAGAGGGAGUUUUCAGAAGAUGUUGUGAGAAGACCAUGGGGGUCAUGAGAAGCUCUCAAGAAGCUUUGCUGACCAUUGUGGAGGUUUUGCUCUAUGACCCCUUGUUCGACUGGACCAUGAGCCCUUUAAAAGCCUUUAACCUGCAACAUGACGAGCAGCAGGAGCUCAACGCCACGCUCAGUUCAACCAUGGGAGGGGACGACUUGGACAACCAUCGUAAACACAGUGACAGCCAGAGCUUCAACAAAGUGGCGGAGCGAGUGCUGCUGCGACUGCAGGAAAAACUCAAGGGAGUGGAGGGUGGCACAGUGCUCUCAGUGGGUGGGCAGGUUAAUCUGCUCAUCCAACAGGCCAUGGACCCCAUAAACCUUAGCAGGCUCUACCCGGGCUGGCAGGCCUGGGUGUAGCUGUCACACCAGAACAGGUUCUUACAUUAUCUGUAUCUUCAUUUUUACAUUAAAAAUGGAAAGCUGUUCAUUAUGAAGUUUGCAAACGUGCUGCUUGUUGCCAUUUUUAAAUACUUUACUGCAAUUUGAAUGUUUUUAUGUUGACUUCCUUGCUAAAUGUCAUACAUAGUGAUGAUCCUCUUACUUGGUAAUUAUAUUACAUACAGCUAAAAUAAAGUUAAAAGAAAAAAUACACAUUUGGAGUGUUUGGACUGUGCACUCGAGCGUGGCCCGGUGUUUAGACAAGUGAACAAAGCUCAUUGUGCUUUCUGUAGGCUGAGGUGGAAAACUUUAGAUGUCAGAUAACAAGGCGUGUCCACGUAGCCUCACCAUCAUUCAUUUGGUCAUUCUGGUGACACAGCCCAGUGACAUUAGAGAGACCUUUUUUUUUUUUUUUUUUUUUUAGAAGUCGCCGCUAUUCAAGAAUAACACUAUUUCAUUCUUUCCAUUGGGUGACAACAGUUAGUUUUGAACAGAUUUGAAUGUGGGGCAUUUAAUCUAUCCUGACAGAAAAAUAUUCUUGAGCUGACGGACAAAGUACGAAAAAUAGAAAUGAGCACCAAUCGGGUAAGUUAUUUUAAUAAUGACUUGUGUAUGAUUAAAUCAAUAAAUAAUUUUAUUAUGCCA